AUGUCUGGAAGGCGUCUUCUGGACGCUAUCCAAGUUCUCAAUGUCGCUAAAUCCGUUGCAACGAAACACCUGGCGGUGCGCCAGCGCCAGUUAGAUUUGUUUACGAGGACCUCGUCUCUCACCAAGGGCAUCAAAGAGCAGGCCGACGGCCUCGUACUCACCGCUCAAGCAGCCGCAGCUUUGGCCAGUCGAUUCAAUGAGCCCAAUCCCUCCGAAUCGACGCCGAGGGCUCAGACCCAAAGCGCGACCGAGUCUCGCCGUGCGGCGAAUGCCUCUGCCGACGACGCAAGGAGAUCACAACGACAGGCGGAGUCCCAGAUUCCUUCGACGACGGCGGCAUACAGUGGAAAUGAAAGGUCCGGUGACUUGAACGUCAGUUCACAGCAGGAUGUGUUCUACCAACCGUCCCAGAAGGCAGGGUCCGAGUUAUCUGGACUUCCUAGUACGACAUUGCCCAAGGCUGCAAGUGUUACCCAGAGUGGUUUAGUCAAUGAGAUCAAUGCGGAUGUAUUUCAUUCGUCGGUGGAUGCCGAGAAGGUCACGUCGCCUGCGCAGGAGCAGGAAAUUCCAGACGAGGUCAUGAAUCAACUCUUUCGUAGCCCUAAGGUCGCCAAGUCGAUUUCUCGGAGAGGUGAUGCGAACAUGAACAAAGGCGAACUCAAAACUGCCAGAUCAUCCACACGCACAGUCGAGGAAGAUGACAUAGAGAAGCUCGGAAAUAGUAUUGCAGAUGAUAUAGUUUCGACCAACUCCCAGGUUCGUAGUGUCAUUUACCUGAGAAGGAAGGAUAUCUAUGCUAAUAGGUUCGAGCAGACAGACCCUGUGGUAAUAACGGACACAAAACAAGCAGGCUCUUAUCAAAUGUUAGAAUCACGUGUUCCGUCAUCACGUCUAGGGAGACUAUGGCAAUAUGGUGGACUGGCGACUUCGAUGGCUUUUGGAGCUGUUGGUGAGGGUCUACGGAGAGUAACCGGCAGUAAUGACGCGGACGCUGGAUCUCUAAUGUUCAGUCCCGGGAACAUGGAACGCCUCGUCGCUAAGCUUUCGAAGAUGCGUGGUGCUGCCCUCAAAUUAGGCCAGAUGCUGAGCUUCCAAGACUCGAAGAUGCUCCCAGAGUCGAUCGGAAUUGUUCUGCAAAGAGUACAAGACCGAGCUGACUACAUGCCGGCCUCUCAGCGUGACAAAGUUCUGGCUGAUAACCUGGGCCCUAACUGGCGGGAUCUAUUCUCCUCGUUUGAUGAAGUCCCAAUGGCUGCAGCUUCUAUCGGUCAAGUUCAUGGGGCCGUGCUAAAGAAGACAGGUCAACCCGUCGCCGUCAAAGUACAAUACCCGGGUGUGGCAGACUCUAUCGACUCGGACCUGAACAACUUGUCGAUCCUACUCACUGCGUCUCGUCUUCUCCCGAAGGGUCUGUAUCUUGACAAGACUAUCGCAAAUGCCCGGACAGAACUCGCCUGGGAAUGUGACUACAUCCGAGAAGCCGAAUGCAGCAAGCACUUCAAGGAACUCCUCAAAGAUGAUCCAGUCUUUCUGGUACCAGAAAUCAUCCCCGAGGCUUCGGGUAGACAGGUCUUGACCAUGGAGCGCUUGAACGGUGUUGCCGUAACUAAGAUUCAAAAUUUCACCCAAGAACAGCGCGAUUGGAUCGGCACACAGAUCAUGCGUCUGUGUUUGCGAGAAAUCACCGAAUUCAGAUACAUGCAGACGGACCCGAACUGGACCAACUUCCUCUAUAACGCAGAGACUAACCGUCUAGAACUUCUUGAUUUCGGUGCUUCGCGCGAGUACCCCACCGAAUUCAUCACGAAAUACAUUCGCACUCUUGUGGCUGCCUCGCGAAAUGAUCGCGAGACGUGCCACCGUCUCUCUAUUGACCUGGGCUACCUGACGGGUCACGAGUCUUCAGCUAUGGUGAAUACACAUGUCUCCUCUAUCACCACUCUUGCCGAACCGUUCAUGGGCUCUUCCCCAGAUGUCUAUGACUUCAGCAACCAGACCAUCACAGAUAGAGUUCGUGCUUUUAUCCCAGUUAUGAUCCGAGAGCGCCUGUCGCCUCCGCCGGAAGAGACCUACAGUCUUCACCGGAAACUCAGCGGUGCUUUCUUGCUGUGUGCCAAACUAGGCAGCCGAGUGCGGUGCAAGGAGCUGUUCGAAGAGGCGGUCAAGAAGGCUGAUAAGUCAGGAAUGGAGAUCAAGCCUUAG